CAUACUAUGAAAGAUUCAGUAGUCGUAAAGUUACUGCGAAAGUUACGCAAUACUUUAAAACAUAUAAAUUACAGGUCACACUGAAUGUAAAUAUGACCUUGUCCCAGUCUUAUUUUGGAUUGUGAAUCCCUUGUUGACGACAGCAUAGUUUCUUCAAUUUCGGUAUUUAAGACAUAGGGAUGCCAGAGGAAAUCAAAUAUCUUUGGAGCACUUACUGAUGGAUAACACAAACUGCUCCGAUGUUCAAUUAUGCCAAGAUGUUGAUAAUCAGUUGCAAAUUUGUUUAACCGAAGAGCUCAAAUCCCUACAUUCGUACUCAGAAACACCUCCCAAUUAUCCCCAUUAUUCUCCUCAGUUAAACGCAGCCACUCAUCCAGCUCAUACUGUUUCAAACCAAAUAUCUGUGAUUGGUUCAAAAGACCAAACGUCUAAUAGUACCGUUGUUCAAGACGACAAUUUUGUAGCGGAUAUUGAACUAAUUAGUCUUACCAGUCAACGACAUUCAAUCCCACGCUAUCGUCUUCGAGUGGAUCCAUGCACUGCCUUCUUAGGUUAUAGAAACAAGGAUUUUAGAUCUGCCAGACGAAUUACUCGUGACUUUUCUAGCAAAUAUCCCUUGCCCAAAUCAUCAUCCGAAUUAACUACAAUAGGAUACAUUAGUUCUUAUACAACCAAUACUCUCAAUAGAACAACUGAAUUGAACUCAGAGGAGGACCGUUCUGAAGGAGAAGACGAGAACGACGACACUCUCAGUUUAACAACAGAACAGAUAGAAAAUACUCUUGAUUAUUUUAUUCUUUGUGGUCUAAGAGUUAGUCAGAUGGCUCAAACUUAUGAAGAUUUGGAUGCUAUUACCCAACUCUUAGAAGAAAAACAAACAGAUCUUGAAUUAGCAGCGAAAAUCGGUAAAAAUCUGUUGGCAAAAAAUCAUGACCUUCAGUCGAAACUAUUAGAGACUGAAAAGAAUCUUAAUGCACGUGAUGAAGUUAUUAGUCAGCUAAACCAUAAUCUCUCUGUGAAAGAUAAUUUACUACGUAUAUUCCUAAGAGAUUCCGAUCAAAUUACUGAUAUUAAUGAUGAUGAAGUUAGUGUAUUAUCCAGUGGACGUGCAUCACCUGUUCGCAGUCAGCAGGGAUUAUCAUCUAGUACCGGAGGAGGUGAUGGAUUUUCCUUAUCUUCAGUCAACUUCGCACAGUUGCAUAAAAAACUUGAAGACCUAGAAGAGGAAAAUAAUCUACUACGUCAAGAGCAUAAUCGAUUGUCUACUACGGCGGACCAAUUAGAUGAACAUGAAACUGCAUUAGUUCGAGAUUGUGCACGUCAAUUAAUUACUGCUAAUAUACAUAUACGUAAUUUAUCCGAUGAGUUGGCUAAGAAGUCUGAUGCUUUCAUGAAUCAACAAUCUGAAAUUACUCGCUUACUUACAAGAGGUUUAGAUUUAGAAAAUCGUGUUAAACAGUUGACAGCAGAAAAUGAAAUGUUGAUUGGUCGGCUGAAGGAAACACAAAUAUCGCAAUCAUUACUGACAAGUGAAUUAAAAAAUUCACGUGAUAAAUAUGAUGAGUGCCUAACACUUUAUAAUGAAGCCAGGUCGGAAAUUCGGGCCUUACGUAAACGUUCUCGUCGUGGUUAUUAUCGUCCUAAUUCACUUAUAUCCAGUAGUUCUGUAGUGAACACUACAGUAAUACCCUCACUACCACCUUAUUUAAGUGGAGCCGCUUUAACACCACAGUCAGAUCCGGAUCCCAUGCAUUACUGUCAUCAUUCGUCAUUAUCUGCCCAACAGCUAGCCAGUGAUGGCAGUACAUCUUCUCUGGAUAUGUUGACUACACAAAAUUCAAGUUCAGAUCAUGUGGAAACUUCAUUAGCUGCAGAUUUGGUACAUGCAAGAAUGAAUGAACAUGCGAAAGAUAAUAUAAAGCAUUUAUUUCGAGCGAUGGAUCAAGUUCGUCAUACGCGUACACUCAGUAAUGGUCCUACUCCUACUCCUAUUGCUACUACCACAAUUAAUUCUAAUAAUGAUGAUAAAGGUAGCCAUAAUAUCAUACUGAUUGAAUCAGGUCUGGAAGAUACUGUUUCUAGCAGUGGUUUUGUUAGUGGGUCAGAACCGUCAGAUAAUCCUCACAAGCAAAAAUUCGUUAAAAGUGAACAAACGUCUAAUUCUGGAAGUCCGUAUUCAACUAGACCAUUUAUCCCAGAUUUUAUCAGUCCUAUUCACUUGGCUGAUGCUGACAGAAGUAAAUCUAAUUUGGUAAAUUAUUGCCUUCAUCAAUCUAAAAAUCCGAAUUAUUUGCUAGAGUCUGAAAAACGACAUAGUUGGCUUGGUUGUGACGUAACUUCUAAUUUAUCUGACAAAGGAUAUUAUUCAAUUCCUGAUAGUGGACUGAAUUUUCAAAACAGCUUUGAUGACAGUCUACUUUCAUGUGAUCCAAAUGUGGUCUGCACUAGUAAAUCAUAUUGCAAAUUGCCUCAACGUUUGAAGCUGAUUAAACCAUUAGAUGGUUCUAAUGUUCUUCAACAUUGGCAGCAUUUAGCUACUCCUAGUUUUACCCGGGCACUUUUUGAAGCCCCACUACCUGGAGUUCAAAGUCGUGCUGGAGUAUCAGAUUCAACCAACACAAACUGUUCGACAAUUUCUAACACGACCGACUCUCGACAACGUCCUGUUUCAGUCGGAUCAUCACCUUGUAUUUCAACCAGUUCUGAAAUUUCACUCAAAUGCAGUAAUUUGACUGCUCAUUCGCCUCCGGAUUUGCCACAAGGUCAACCAAAUAUGAGAUUUGUUCAAGAAUCGGUAGAGAAGUGUACUAAUUUAAGCUGUAUUUAUCAACCAUUAAAAAUCUUAUAGUAGGUUGUUUCAUUUAAUUCUACCGUUAAACAAUAAUAAUAAUAAUCGAUGCAUUUAAUUUAUUGUUUUAAAAAGAGCAUUUCACACAUAAUUAUUAUCUUUCCCAUUCAAAUUUGUUGGUUUACUGUAAGAUUUAGUAUAAUAUUUUUAUUUGUUUGUCCAUUUAACUGUUGUGCACCAUUUAUGUUUAUGUGGUAUUUGUACGAACUAAGUAUAUCCUGGUACUUGAUUCCUCACUUAUUCCAAAUACAACAUGUUCAUUUGUGCUCAUCUAGUUCUACCCGGCUUGAUUUGCACUAUUUUGAGGAGUCUUAGUACAUUAAUUCGGAUACUUCUAAUUAUCAUAGUUUAUCACAUACAAAUAGACGUUUUAGUUUAACUCAGUAGAUAUAAGUUAAUAAAACUUUAUUGAACUACUGAUUGUGAGUUACUUUUUUUAUUAGUGUACCUAAAAUUAUAGAGUUAGGCGUACCGUCGUUUAUUUUUAUUUGUUUUGUUUUUUAUGAGAAAAAAAGUCGGUGUAUGUGUUUGUGUGGAGUAGUAGAUUGCACUGAAUUACUGCUUCUAUUAAGUCUACUAGUUUUUUUCUGUUAUUGGUUACACGUAUAAUUGUGCUGCAUUCAACUGCUUCAGUAAGCCUAUUUAAAGUUGUAAUAUUUUAAAACUUAGAUAAGUAUUUGUGAAUGUAACCACGUGAUCAAUGAACUUUUCUUAACACGACAUUGUAAUAUAUGGUUAUUUAAUUAGUAGAAUAUUGUAUAAUUUACCUACAAAACAAUUAUUGAAUUUAUUAUUAUUAUCAGUUUAAUAUUUUAAUUAUUCAUUGAACAGAUAACUAGAUAGACUGACAUAGGACUCGCGAUGAUGGCUGAUUUAGGAGGUUAGAAUAAAGGUUAGGAGCAGACAAACUAAGACAUCGGGCCAGUUCACGAGAAGAAUGACUGUUGGAUUGAGCCGUGUAGGUAGGCGGAGACUAUCUGAUUGGGGUCCUCGUGGUCAUCGGGACUAAUGGUUAGAGAUUUUAAGUGAUAUUGCUCAAAAUCACUCGUAAUGGCGUAAGUACAUUCACACUUCUUAUUCCCUUGGAUCCCUAGCCUCUAAAUUCCUCAUGAUUUAUUAUUACAUCAGUUUAUAUUUCUUCAAAUUGUAUCUUCGAUACCUAAUCCUUUUUAUUACCACUAAUACCGUUACUACCGCUAUUAUUCUGAGAUAUACCCUGACAAUUUAGUCUUACUGUACUCAUGGGGUGUGGCAAAUUGAAUUGAUGUACACAUGUAACAAAUUCUACUUUGCGUCCGACUAACAUAAGAAAUAGAGAAUUAAAAAGAGAUCACACUAAUUGAAAGAAUACUGUAAAUACAAAAUUAGAUAAAGAUAUCUCUCAUCUAUGGGUUGUGAAAUCCACUGGAGAAUUAUUCAGAAUAAAGGAAUUCUGAGCAAAUGUUUCAAACUUAUGAUAUCAUAUUCAAGAUUGUGGAUCUAAGGUCUUCCUAUUUCAUGAUAAGUGCAAUAUAAGAACAAAAUAAGUACCUGCUAUUCAGUGUUGCUUGAUUUUCAACGAAUCUUCACCUACUAAAGCACUUCAAAUUGCGAACUAACUAAUCACUCAAAUAAAUUAUGCCGUUCAAUAAAUUUCUGCAUGAAAGAUUAUUGUACCGUAUUUCAGGUGGUUUUACUUCAGUAGUAAUAAUAAAACAGUUUUAGUGGUAGUUCGUACAUCUAGUCCAUUAUUACUCAGUGUUUAGCAUAUAAUUGAACUGAAGUAGAUCAAGUAUUAGGAUAAUAGUAAUUAUAAUUCAUCAAAAAUAAUACACUAAUGUCAUUAACGAGGGAAUUGUAACAUUUUACUAUAAGAUGUAAAUAAUAUGUAAGUAAUUUUGCUGAAAGUGGUUUUGAUAUAUGAUUGCUUUCUCAUGUCAUCAAUUUGAAGAUAUUUUGAACUCGUUAUCCAUAGUUUCUUGCAUUAUCUUGUGCAAAGAGAGCGAAAAACGUAUAUGAGUUGAAUAAGAUUAUUCAGUUGAUUUCUUUAGGUUCUUUUCAGCUGCUUACAGUUUAUAAUAUUUGAAAGUCGAAAUUACAAAUGUUACCAAUGUAUCUUAAACUAUUUACAUCAUGAAAUUUUUUAAAACUCUUUCUAUUGACUACAUGAUCAUAAUAAGUUGAAAAAAUUCGGUGAAUUGAGAUGAAUCCAUGUCAUUCUGCUCUAAUCUCUUUUCUCCCCUUCUGUUUCUAGCAUUAAGGAUUUCUUAUUAUUUAACUAGACUCCAAUUCUCAAGAGCUUACAAUUUACUCGUUGAGAUGCAACUCAUUGGUUUACAUGUUCGGUUCACCCUACACCUGCUUUCGUUUAGGGAGCUGCUUGGUAUCACCAGUCCACAUGUAAAGCUUAUCACAAUGAAACUGGAGUACACCUAUUUGAACUUAUAAAUAAAAAUAAAAUAUUUGUAAUAUCCCAAUGAGUAGAAAAUUGGAUUUUCUGACGUUUCGUGACUUAGUGUCAGUCACUUCUUCAGAGAAUAAAUCUGAACUUAGUUUGUUGGACUUGCAUAGGGAUUAAACAUGUUAGCACACACAUAUUGGGGCUGUGUUUAUUGACUAAAUGAAUUUAUGUUGUGCAACUGAGCGCUUUUUUUAAACUACGUUAUUUACUCUAACCAAAACACAUUUGCUAAAUAAACCACUAAGAAACAAGAUAUAUUGUAACAACUAUAUCAUGGUGUAUUUAAUCAAAAUAGUUAACUGAUACACGACCAAUGAACCCAAAUGGUUGCCAAUUUUAUUUCCUGUGAUCACAUUACAAAUGUCAGUUUAAUUUUACUCUUAGUUCUGAAGAUAAUCAGUGGAAUAAAUACACUUGAAUUGAAUUAACCAUUUAAUAAAUACAUAGUUUAAUACCUCGAAUUUUUUAUUCCUUCGGUGAUUUUAUCUGUGGUGUACGUUGUGAAUAUGUUAGUUUUGUAAUAAUUUUACGUAACUUUUCGUUUGGUUUGUUAAAUGUUGGAUUCAUACUACUCAUGAAUAUUCAGUUUCAAUGCUAAUACUUCGGUGUUUCUUCAGAUGUAUAUGUUUUUCAUAUAACUUAUAAGGUUAUUUGAAAAUAGAAUAUAAUCCAUGAUAGUUGUUUACAAAAUAUCUAGUUCUUGGUUAAGAAUAUUAGAAGUCUUGUCUUUUUAGGGGAAUUAUUGUGGUUGGACUGCAGUCAUUUAUUUGUCUGGUUUUUUUCUUUGUGAACUAUCUGUAAUAUUCUUCUAUGACUACUGUCGGCACGAUUGAACUUUAAAUCAGGACUAACACACUACUUGAGAGCAUUCAUUUCUUCAUUUAAUAUCGGAUAUUUUUCAGUAGACUCUUAAAAUAGGAAUAUAAAGCAGUCAAUUAGUAAUUUAUUUCUUGUAACACUCCUUGAUCAACUGUUAUCCGUUAUCAGUUAGAACUAUUGUUUCUUGGGAUUGAAACAUUUGCUCGUUAAAAUCUCCACUCAUGGUCCGAUUAAUAAACUACUUUCAGCCGAUUUGGAUUCAAUUCAUCAACAUAUUUGCUGAAUAAUCAACUAAGAGCACGAUCUUUAGAUCAUUUAGUAAUAGGAUCCCCAUCCUUAUCGUACAGUGAUAAAAAUAGUAAUAAUGAUUAUAAAUCUAUCCAGUUUAAUCAAGCGUUUGAUCAUGUAAAAAGCGAUGAAUCUGCAUCAUCAUAUCUUACCUCAUUUUCCCUAACUUCAUUAGUGUCUGCUAUAUUACCGUUCACUACUGCUGUUCUCCCUUCAUCAGUAGUAUCAUCAUCUGAUCCAAAAGGUGUUACAAUCAACAAUAAUUUAACAAAAGCAAAUACACGACUCAGUGAAUCAACACAUUUACGACCGAAAUGUCCAUCAUCAUCAACAGCGGUGACUGGUCUACAAGGUUUACUUGAUGUAAAUAAGGAAGAUACUGAUUCGUCAAAAUCAUUAUUACAUAGAACGUCAACAUCAAAAUCAAUUGAUCGUAGUGCAUUAUCUCCUAAUAGCAAUGUACCAAAUUCAAUUGCUCUUCCAAAUCCUCAACCUCCAACAUUAAUUUCUCCAAGCGUUAAUCGUACUGCUAUUUCACAUUCACGUCCUGUACGUACUAGUAACUUGACAGAAAUCACUGAAGAGUCUGGUUCACCACCGAAAUCAGAAAAUGGUCAGAAAUCAUUGAUAUCUUCGAAAAAUCAACAACAACCACAAUCUGAAGUAGUAGUUGUUUCAGAAAGAUCGAAAAAUUCAGAAUAAUAGAUUCAUUUAAAUAAUGGAGUUGUUCAUUAGUUGAAUUAUUGUCACAUAUAUAUCAAACAUUUAGAACGAAUUAUUUAAUAUUAUAUCAUUUGUGUAUCAGUUCCAU